GAAAUCCGAAACCAAGCCAGUGAAUAUUCAUACAAAAUGGCAAAACUUCCAGAGAAUCGGAAUCUAAACCGAUAUAGAGAUGUCAGUCCCUGUAAGUAUUUUGUCUAACUAUAAUUUAUGAAGUACCCUACACUAGUCAUCAUUGUGAUGAAUACUUGCACCUCGACGAUUAUCAAUAGUUUUAAUUUACACAUUUAAAUAUAUUUGUCUCUGGUUACAGAUGAUCACAGUCGUGUUAAACUUGAACAUUCUGAAAAUGACUACAUCAAUGCUAGUUUAGUCGUGGUGGAGGAAGCCCAAAGAACCUAUAUUCUAUCCCAGGUAAGUGCAGACAAGUAGCUCAGACUUUCAUUCAUUAUGUACUGAUCAUGUAAAUUAGACUUUCACAAAAAUGUACUAAUGAUUAUGGAUCUACAUUUGAGGAUUGGUCUGUGUUUUAAGUUGGUGAAUAAGCAGUGUGUUGUGUUUUCUCCCAAAGGGACCCCUGAGGAACACCUGUGGUCACUUCUGGUUGAUGAUUUGGGAGCAGAACUCCAAAGCCGUUAUAAUGCUGAACAGAAUCAUAGAGAAGGGAUCUGUAAGUAGCCUACAUAAAUGUUAUAAUGCUGAACAGAAUCCUAGAAAAGGCAUCUGUAACUACAGUACAUUGGCAUCCCUCUCUGACAGACAAGCCUAUGCAUUAGGUUUACACCACACUCUAGGCCACACAACCAAGUGUGGACCAACACACCGCUGUUCAUUGUAUCUCUGUCCAGGGUACUGUGAUCAUCAUGCACAAAUAGACCAUGUAGCUACAGUAGCUAGUUAGCCAUCCCAUCAGGCGUUCAGGUUGGGCUAAUCACUAAUGUAUUGUCCCCCAACAGGAGAAGUGUGCUCAGUACUGGCCCACAGCUGAGGAACACCAGUUGUGUUACACUGACACAGGGUUUGUUGUGACGCUGGUGAAAGAAGAGGACAAGUCCUACUACAUCAUACGAGUGCUGGAGCUGAGGAAUACAGAGGUGAGCACUGCUUCUCCAUUGACUCUGUGUGAUGAAGUUGUUGUUAGCACAGUCACUGUAUUAAAAUGACAUUCCUUCUCCAGACAGGACAAACCAGAGAGAUAUACCACUUUCACUACACCACCUGGCCUGACUUUGGCGUCCCAGAAUCCCCGGCGUCCUUCCUCAACUUCCUGGUCAAGGUGCGGGAGUCUGGCUCAUUGGGGGCGGAGCAUGGGCCCGCCGUGGUCCACUGCAGCGCUGGGAUUGGACGCUCUGGGACCUUCUCAUUGGUUGACACGUGUCUCAUCCUGGUAAUAUCAAUACUUCCUGUUUUACGUUCUAAUUGAACGCCCUACUUGGUAUGAAACCAGACUAGCGUCCUGUUCAGGGGGUGUACUUGGACAUGAAGCUUGCUCACGCUACAGACACAGGAGAUUCUGUCUCGGACAAGGCUUGCUACUUGGUAUUUAAGAUCAGCUCCUGGUCAAACUGUAUUUCUCACCUGUGUCUCCAGUCUAAAUUCACUGUUCAGCAUUAUGUAGACCAGGCAGUCUUCACUUGUCACUGAUGUUGAAGGUGAAGUCAUACUCUCUCUCCUGUCUAGAUGGACACUCACUGUAACUCUCUCUUUCUCCUGUCUAGAUGGACACUCACUGUAACUCUCUCUCUCUCCUGUCUAGAUGGACACUCACUGUAACUCUCUCUUUCUCUGUCUAGAUGGACACUCACUGUAAACUCUCUCUUUCUCAUGUCUAUAAUAAUAAUAAUAAUAUGCAUUUAGCAGACGCUUUAUCCAAAGCGAAUUACAGGAGUCUGUGCGAUACAUUUUUUACGUAUGGGUGGUCCCGGGGAUCGAACCCACUACCCUGGCGUUACAAGCGCCAUGCUCUACCAAUUGAGCUACAGAGGACCACCAACUCUCUCUCUCUCCUGUCUAGAUGGACACUCACUGUAACUCUCUCUUUCUCUGUCUAGAUGGACACUCACUGUAACUCUCUCUUUCUCCUGUCUAGAUGGACACUCACGGUAACUCUCUCUUUCUCCUGUCUAGAUGGACACUCACUGUAACUCUCUCUUUCUCCUGUCUAGAUGGACACUCACUGUAACUCUCUCUCUCUCCUGUCUAGAUGGACACUCACUGUAACUCUCUCUCAAUUCAGUUCAAUUUAAGGGCUUUAUUGGCAUUUGAAAUGUAUGUUAACAUUGCCAAAGCAAGUGAAGUAGAUAAUAAACAAAAGUGAAAUAAACAAUAAAAAGUGAACAGUAAACAUUACACUCAGAAGUUCCAAAAGAAUAAAGACAUUUCAAAUGUCAUUAUGUCUAUAUACGGUGUUGUAAUGAUGUGCAAAUAGUACAAAAAGGGAAAAUAAAUAAACAUAAAUAUAGGUUGUAUUUACAAUGGUGUUUUUUCUUCACUGGUUGCUAUUUUCUCAUGGCAACAGGUCACAAAUCUUGCUGCUGUGAUGGCACACUGUGGUAUUUCACCCAAUAGAUAUGGGAGUUUAUCAAAAUUGGGUUUGUCUUCAAAUUCUUUGUGGAUCUGUGUAAUAUGAGGGAAAUAUGUGUCUCUAAUAUGGUCAUACAUUUGGCAGGAGGUUAGGAAGUGCAGCUCAGUUUCCACCUCAUUUUGUGGGCAGUGUGCACAUAGCCUGUCUUCUCUUGAGAGCCAGGUCUGCCUACGGUGGCCUUUCUCAAUAGCAAGGCUAUGCUCACUGAGUCUACAUAGUCAAAGCUUUCCUUAAGUUUGGGUCAGUCACAGUGGUCAGGUAUUCUGCCACUGUGUACUCUCUGUUUAGGGCCAAAUAGCAUUCUAGUUUGCGCUGUUUUUUUGUUAAUUCUUUCCAAUGUGUCAAGUAAUUAUCUUUUUGUUUUCUCAUGAUUUGGUUGGGUCUAAUUGUGUUGCUGUCCUGGGGCUCUGUGGGGUCUGUUUGUGUUUGUGAACAGAGCCCCAGGACCAGCUUACUUAGGGGACUCUUCUCCAGGUUCAUCUCUCUGUAGGUGAUGGCUUUGUUAUGGAAGGUUUGGGAAUCGCUUCCUUUUAAAUGGUUAUAGAAUUUAACGGCUCUUUUCUGGAUUUUGAUAAUUAGCGGUAAUCGGCCUAAUUCCGCUCUGCAUGCAUUAUUUGGUGUUUUUUGUUGUACACGGAGAUGUACACUCACUGUAACUCUCUCUCUCUCCUGUCUAGAUGGACACUCACUGUAACUCUCUCUCUCUCCCUCUCGGCUAGAUGGACACUCACUGUAACUCUCUCUCUCUCUCCCAUCUAGAUGGACACUCACUGUAACUCUCUCUCUCUUUCUCUCGGCUAGAUGGACACUCACUGUAACUCUCUCUCUCUUUCUCUCGGCUAGAUGGACACUCACUGUAACUCUCUCUCUCUCUCUCCCUCUCGGCUAGAUGGACACUCACUGUAACUCUCUCUCUCUCCCAUCUAGAUGGACAUUCACUUUAACUCUCUCUUUCUCCCUCUCCUGUCUAGAUGGACCCUCACUGUAACUCUCUCUCUCUCUCGGCUAGAUGGACACUCACAGUAACUCUCUCUCUCCUGUCUAGAUGGAUAAGAGGAAGGACCCUUUGUCGGUGGACAUCCAGAGGGUUCUGCUGGACAUGAGGGAGUACAGGAUGGGUCUGAUCCAGACUCCUGACCAGCUACGUUUCUCCUACAGGGCUGUCCUGGAGGGAGCCAAGUACAUCGUGGGAGACUGCUCUGCGCAGGUAGGGAGACUUCUCUGCACACACUGUAACUAGUGUAAGGGAUGAGUACUGUGUCAAUGUGAAACUAUUUGGGGGGGGGGGGGGGGGGGGGUUGUGACUCCUCUGUACAGGGUCAUACUGUAUGGGAGGGAAGAGUACUGUCAGUGUGAAAUUAGACAUUAGCAGAACUGUGACUUUCUUCAUUGAGGGACAAUAUGUGCUCACUCCUUGCCACACAAUGUGCUACGCCUAUACAGUGAGGGGAAAAAAGUAUUUGAUCCCCUGCUGAUUUUGUACGUUUGGCCACUGACAAAGAAAUGAUCAGUCUUACAUUUUAAUGGUAGGUUUAUUUGAACAGUGAGAGACAGAAAAAAGCAUGUAAAAAAUGUUAUGAAUUGAUUUGCAUUUUAAUGAGGGAAAUAAGUAUUUGACCCCCUCUCAAUCAGAAAGGUUUCUGGCUCCCAGGUGUCUUUUGUACAGGUAACGAGCUGAGAUUAGGAGCACACUCUUAAAGGGAGUGCUCCUAAUCUCAGCUUGUUACCUGUAUAAAAGACACCUGUACACAGAAGCAAUCAAUCAAUCAGAUUCCAAACUCUUCACCAUGGCCAAGACCAAAGAGCUCUCCAAGGAUGUCAGGGACAAGAUUGUAGACCUACACAAGGCUGGAAUGGGCUACAAGACCAUCGCCAAGCAGCUUGGUGAGAAGGUGACAACAGUUGGUGCGAUUAUUCGCAAAUGGAAGAAACACAAAAGAACUGUCAAUCUCCCUCGGCCUGGGGCUCCAUGCAAGAUCUCACCUCGUGGAGUUGCAAUGAUCAUGAGAACGGUGAGGAAUCAGCCCAAAACUACACGGGAGGAUCUUGUCAAUGAUCUCAAGGCAGCUGGGACCAUAGUCACCAAGAAAACAAUUGGUAACACACUACGCCGUGAAGGACUGAAAUCCUGCAGCACCCGCAAGGUCCCCCUGCUCAAGGAAGCACAUAUACAGGGCCGUCUGAAGUUUGCCAAUGAACAUCUGAAUGAUUCAGAGGAGAACUGGGUGAAAGAGUUGUGGUCAGAUGAGACCAAAAUUGAGCUCUUUGGCAUAAACUCAACUCGCCGUGUUUGGAGGAGGAGGAAUUCUGCCUAUGACCCCAAGAACACCAUCCCCACCGUCAAACAUGGAGGUGGAAACAUUAUGCUUUGGGGGUGUUUUUCUGCUAAGGGGACAGGACAACUUCACCGCAUCAAAGGGACGAUGGACGGGGCCAUGUACCGUCAAAUCUUGGGUGAGAACCUCCUUCCCUCAGCCAGGGCAUUGAAAAUGGAUCGUGGAUGGGUAUGCCAGCAUGACAAUGACCCAAAACACACGGCCAAGGCAACAAAGGAGUGGCUCAAGAAGAAGCACAUUAUGGUCCUGGAGUGGCCUAGCCAGUCUCCAGACCUUAAUCCCAUAGAAAAUCUGUGGAGGGAGCUGAAGGUUCAAGUUGCCAAACAUCAGCCUCGAAACCUUAAUGACUUGGAGAAGAUCUGUAAAGAGGAGUGGGACAAAAUCCCUCCUGAGAUGUGUGCAAACCUGGUGGCCAACUACAAGAAACGUCUGACCUCUGAUUGCCAACAAGGGUUUUACCACCAAGUACUAAGUCAUGUUUUGCAGAGGGGUCAAAUACAGUGGGGGAAAAAAGUAUUUAGUCAGCCACCAAUUGUGCAAGUUCUCCCACUUAAAAAGAUGAGAGGCCUGUAAUUUUCAUCAUAGGUACACGUCAACUAUGACAGACAAAAUGAGAGAAAAAAUCCAGAAAAUCACAUUGUAGGAUUUUUAAUGAAUUUAUUUGCAAAUUAUGGUGGAAAAUAAGUAUUUGGUCAAUAAGAAAAGUUUCUCAAUACUUUGUUAUAUACCCUUUGUUGGCAAUGACACAGGUCAAACGUUUUCUGUAAGUCUUUUUCACACACUGUUGCUGGUAUUUUGGCCCAUUCCUCCAUGCUGAUCUCCUCUAGAGCAGUGAUGUUUUGGGGCUGUCGCUGGGCAACAGACUUUCAACUCCCUCCAAAGAUUUUCUAUGGGGUUGAGAUCUGGAGACUGGCUAGGCCACUCCAGGACCUUGAAAUGCUUCUUACGAAGCCACUCCUUCGUUGCCCGGGCGGUGUGUUUGGGAUCAUUGUCAUGCUGAAAGACCCAGCCACGUUUCAUCUUCAAUGCCCUUGCUGAUGGAAGGAGGUUUUCACGCAAAAUCUCACGAUACAUGGCCCCAUUCAUUCUUUCCUUUACACGGAUCAGUCGUCCUGGUCCCUUUGCAGAAAAACAGCCCCAAAGCAUGAUGUUUCCACCCCCAUGCUUCACAGUAGGUAUGGUAUUCUUUGGAUGCAACUCAGCAUUCUUUGUCCUCCAAACACGACGAGUUGAGUUUUUACCAAAAAGUUAUAUUUUGGUUUCAUCUGACCAUAUGACAUUCUCCCAAUCGUCUUCUGGAUCAUCCAAAUGCACUCUAGCAAACUUCAGACGGGCCUGGACAUGUACUGGCUUAAGCAGGGGGACACGUCUGGCACUGCAGGAUUUGAGUCCCUGGCGGCGUAGUGUGUUACUGAUGGUAGGCUUUGUUACUUUGGUCCCAGCUCUCUGCAGGUCAUUCACUAGGUCCCCCCGUGUGGUUCUGGGAUUUUUGCUCACCGUUCUUGUGAUCAUUUUGACCCCACGGGGUGAGAUCUUGCGUGGAGCCCCAGAUCGAGGGAGAUUAUCAGUGGUCUUGUAUGUCUUCCAUUUCCUAAUAAUUGCUCCCACAGUUGAUUUCUUCAAACCAAGCUGCUUACCUAUUGCAGAUUCAGUCUUCCCAGCCUGGUGCAGGUCUACAAUUUUGUUUCUGGUGUCCUUUGACAGCUCUUUGGUCUUGGCCAUAGUGGAGUUUGGAGUGUGACUGUUUGAGGUUGUGGACUGGUGUCUUUUAUACUGAUAACAAGUUCAAACAGGUGCCAUUAAUACAGGUAACAAGUGGAGGACAGAGGAGCCUCUUAAAGAAGAAGUUACAGGUCUGUGAGAGCCAGAAAUCUUGCUUGUUUGUAGGUGACCAAAUACUUAUUUUCCACCAUAAUUUGCAAAUAAAUUCAUUAAAAAUCCUACAAUGUGAUUUUCUGGAUUUUUUUCCCUCAAUUUGUCUGUCAUAGUUGACGUGUACCUAUGAUGAAAAUUACAGGCCUCUCUCAUCUUUUUAAGUGGGAGAACUUGCACAAUUGGUGGCUAACUAAAUACUUUUUUCCCCCCACUGUACUUAUUUCCCUCAUUAAAAUGCAAAUCAAUUUAUAACAUUUUUGACAUGUCUUUCUGGAUUUUUUUGUUGUUAUUCUGUCUCACACUGUUCAAAUAAACCUACCAUUAAAAUUAUAGACUGAUCAUGUCUUUGUCAGUGGGCAAACGUACAAAAUCAGCAGGGGAUCAAAUACUUUUUUCCCUAACUGUAUCCAAACAUGAGGGUUUGUACUGCCUUAUAGUAACAUGAAGAGAGUCAAUGAAGACCUCUGUAUUCCAGCCUCUUUCAGUCCGUCUGUCUGUCUGUCCGUCUGUAUGAGGAGCUGUUGGUCAUUAAGUACUGGUCUGUCUGUCUGUCUCUACAGAGCCAUGUUGAUCAUUAUGUACUGGUCUGUCUGUCUCUACAGAGCCAUGUUGAUCAUUAUGUACUGGUCUGUCUGUCUGUCUCUACAGAGCCAUGUUGAUCAUUAUGUACUGGUCUGUCUGUCUCUACAGAACCAUGUUGAUCAUUAUGUACUGGUCUGUCUGUCUGUCUCUACAGAGCCAUGUUGAUCAUUAUGUACUGGUCUGUCUGUCUCUACAGAGCCAUGUUGGUAAUUCUGUACUGGUCUGUCUGUCUCUACAGAGCCAUGUUGGUCAUUAUGUACUGGUCUGUCUGUCUCUACAGAGCCAUGUUGGUCAUUAUGUACUGGUCUGUCUGUCUCUACAGAGCCAUGUUGAUCAUUAAGUACUGGUCUGUCUGUCUGUCUCCACAGAGCCAGUGGAGAGAUCUGUCCAGAGAGGACCGAGAGACAGUGUGUGAGUCGCCCCCUGCCCCCCCUCCCAGGUGUCUCCCCGCCCCCCCUCCACCCCCACCACGGCCUUUAGACACCCCUGCCCCCCCGUCCCCCAGUCGGCCCUCAGACAAGCCCAACGGCCAGCCGCUGCCCUGUGUGGAGCCUGAGGCUGUGGCAUUGUCCAGAGAGGACGGGACAUCAGGAGACGGGCCAGAUCCAGACAGCUACAGCUCAGAGAAGGACCGGACGGAGGUGACGAGGUCAGUUCCCCUCAGGGUGUAUUCCUCUCUACUGGUUCUUUCUAUUGUGUUGCUGCUUUCUGUCUGCUUAACUCCUACUGAAGUUGGCUGUAGGCCUUUAGUACUGGGCAGACUGUUUAGAUGGCAUUCAAUUAGGACCCAUCCAGACUCGCAUUCAAUUAGGACACAUCCAGACUCAUCCAGACUCGUAUGUUUAGAUGGCAUUCAAUUAGGACCCCUCCAGACUGGCAUGUUUAGAUGGCAUUCAAUUAGGACCCCUCCAGACUGGCAUGUUUAGAUGGCAUUCAAUUAGGACCCCUCCAGACUGGCAUGUUUAGAUGGCAUUCAAUUAGGACCCCUCCAGACUGGCAUGUUUAGAUGGCAUUCAAUUAGGACCCCUCCAGACUGGCAUGUUUAGAUGGCAUUCAAUUAGGACCCAUCCAGACUUCUGUAACCAUGUAAUGAAACCCUCAUGUUAUUCCAGUCUGAGGAGGAGACACAGGGAGGAGCGGAUCGCCAGCACGGCCCAGAAGCUGCACCUAAUGAAACAGAGACUGACGGACACAGAGAGGCAGAGAGAGCGCUGGCUGUACUGGAGGCCUAUCCUGCUCAACGUGGGGGCUGGAGCUGCCGUGGCCUUGGGUCUAAUGGUGGUUUGGUUCUUCUCCCAGUGA